GGAAAAGCUAGGCAUAAUAUUGUGCAUCUGGCUCAGCAAACCGACGUACAGUACCCAUGUCAUAGCGGGAACUCUAGCAAACUUAGAGAAGGGAAAUGAAAAGCUUGCUAGCAGGCUCUAGCCUCAUUUACGUUAGUCGAAAAAGAUCACUGCCCUGAAAUGGUUUAGCCUCCAUUUCAUCCCAGGGCUCGUUCUUCGUGGCGACGACCACCCCAUUUACGUUUAGUCGAAAAAGAUCACUGCCCUGAAAUGGUUUAGCCUCCAUUUCAUGCCAGGGCUCGUUCUUUGUGGCGACGACCACGGUAUCAAAAGGCGUUAUAAACUCAGCGGCUUGCCUGUUCUCUAGUGAUUCAAUUAGUGUUGGCUUUUUGUUUCUUUCUCCUUCACACCGUUUGAAAUUCCGCCUGAAGAAGUCUCUCUCGCAAUGUUCGAUGGCAAGAGGUUUACCCCUGACACUGACAUCCAAGAUCUCUCGGGGAAAGUCGUCUUGAUCACUGGCGGAAACAAUGGGCUAGGAAAGCAAUCCGCCCUACAACUCGCAAAGCACAAUCCCACGGCAAUCUACAUCACAUCACGUUCGCUCGAAAAAGGGCGGGUAGCUAUUGCCGAGAUAGAAGCCGCUGUUCCAGGGGUCAAAUUACAUCUGCUUCAACUCGAUCUUGCGUCGCUUGAGUCAGUCCAAAAUGCCGCGAAAGAGUUCUCGGCCAGUUCACCACACUUGGAUAUUCUGAUCAACAAUGCUGGCAUCAUGGCCGUCCCCACUGAUGUAACCGAAGACGGAUAUGAAAUACAGUUUGGAACCAACCACCUAGGCCAUGCGUUGCUCUCCAAAUUACUCCUUCCAAUGUUGUUGGAAACUGCAGAAACUCCUGGUGCAGAUGUGCGAAUCGUGACAUUGACCUCUCUGUCCCACUCCUGGACGCCAAAGGGAGGCAUCAAAUUCGAAACCUUGCGCACUCCCCAACUAGAAGAAAGCAACGUCGCGAAAUAUGGGCAGUCCAAACUCGCAAACAUUCUGCAUUCGCAGGAGCUUGCGCGUCGAUAUCCGUCGAUUACUUGUGUUUCGGUGCAUCCAGGGAUGGUCGAAACGGGUCUGUCGAAGCCAAUGAGGCGGAAACAUCUUUGGGUGAGGAUGUUCGAGGCAACUAUCGGAUCUUUAAUUGGCGUCAGUGUUGAACAGGGUGUGUUAAAUCAAUUGUGGGCUGCGACGAGUAAGGAUGUUGUGAGCGGCGGGUAUUAUGUUCCAGUUGGGAAUAAAGCAGAUGGGUCGACAGAUGCAAGGAAUGAGCAACUAGCCAGGAGACUGUGGGAUUGGACAAGUAAGGAAUUAGAAGGGUAUAUAUUAUAAAUCGAUAGAUUGGGUGGGAUGAUAAUUGGCUUUCCUUUUCACUGUGUAUCCGGAACCGCAGAUUCCAUCCGAUCCCGGGAAUCCUAUGGAAUCCUCGGUCUUCAAAAAGUGGUUCCUUAUUGGUAUUGUCGCUAUAUGUAUGCUGGCAACAGAUUUUAAUUCUAGUGCUUUAGUAGUAAAUUAUCUUGAAGCUUUUAAAUAGAUAUUGCUGAAUAUAGG